AUGAGAAGCAAGGAUAAAUCAAUUACUUGCUCUUAUUGUGCUAAUAUUAUAGAAGAAAAAUUUACUUAUAUUAAUAAUCUAUGGAAGACAUAUGAAAUGUGCAUAUCAUGUAAAGACAACUUAAAAUGUUGUAUUUGCUGUGAGAAGAAAAUUAUAAAUAAAGAUAUUUCAUCUCUUACUUCUUGCUGUGGAUCAAGCAGAGAAAAACUAUGUGAGGAUUGUCGUAGCAUCCCAUUAAUUUGUUGUAACAAAAAUAUUGUAAAUAUAAUAGGAGAUAUUCUAUAUUUUCUUGAUUCAUAUUUACAUAUAAAUAUAUCCAAAGAAUUUAUUACAUUUCAAAAUAUUUAUACUUUCAAUAAAAUACAAUAUAAUGAAAAAAAUCAUAUUUAUUCAUUUCAACUUAAUCAUAUGAAAUACAAUAAGAUGGAAAAAGCUACAUAUAUUAUGCUCAAUCAUAAAGAUAAAAAAAUGGAAAAUAGGAAAUAUAAUAUAAAUAAUUUAAAAAAAAAAAAAGAAAAUACUGAAUUUUAUUCAAUGCAUAUAAAUGAUGAAUCCCAAAUAAAAGAUAAUAUAACAAUUUCUUUAAAAAAAAAAGGACAAAAGAUCCAAGGAAUAGAAAAAAUAAAUAAAUUAGACAAUAUAAAUAGUAACAAUAUAAUAACAAAUAAUGAUCAAAGAAAAUACUUUUCUUCUUUUUUUCAUUCAUUCAAAUCAUUAUAUACAAAAAAAAGAAACAAUAUGUAUAUAUCUAAAAAGGAUGAAGAUUUAUUAAAACCUUCAAUAAAUAUAAUACAAGAAGACAAAAAUAAUAUCCCACAAAAUCAUAAUAUUUAUAAUAUUGAUAAUAUACAAGAAAUAUAUUUAUUAAACAAUAAUAUAACAAAUAACAAUCACUCUAAUCAUGACACAUUAAAUAAUAAUAUACCUAUUCGUAAUGCAUCCAGAAUUUCCAGAUUCUAUACCAACACUUCAACAGCAUUCUUUGACUAUAUUAAAAAAAUAAGGAAACAACAACAAAGCAACAAAAAAAAAAAAGAAAGAAAAAAUAAAAAAGGCAAGUUCAUAUUCUAUGAAAAUAUUUUAUUAUCUAUAUAUGAAAAAAAGAAAGAACAAAAAUUAAAAGACAAUGAGAAAAAUAAUUUGCAAAAUAAAAGAAACAUGGAUAAAUAUAAAUUUAAUUUAGUGUUAUAUUUUAUGGAUAAGCAAGAUUUUAAUGGUGUAUAUAAAAGAUUAUUAGAGAACGAGUUAAAAUAUUGUGAUAUAAUAUAUCUUAAUUAUAUAUUAAAAAAAAAAUGUAUCAAUAAAUAUGGAAAUGACAAAUGGAAUGAUUAUAUAUAUAACAGUGAUAUAUAUAAUAAUGAUAUAUAUAAUAAUAAUAAUACAUAUAGUAAUAAUACAUAUAAUAAUAAUACAUAUAGUUAUAAUACAUAUAAUAAUGAUAUAUAUGAUUUUAAUUCGUUUGAUAGAUGUGUCUCCUCUUGCGGAUGCGUUACCGUGUCAGCAAAGAAAUUAUUUAAAUUACAUCAACAAAAUAAACGGAUACACAAUUAUAAAUAUAAAAACAUAAAUUUGAAAUAUCUUAAUAUUUCUAAUGAAAAUAUUAAACUGAUUGAUAAUGUUUCUUUAAACAGCGCUAUACCAAAAAUUUCUUUUUAUUUUUAUCUUGCCCAUGAAUUAAUGCACGCUUAUAUAUGGCUUACUAAAAUAGAAAGGUCAAAAAAUUAUAAACAUAUUUAUAUGAUAGUUCAUAAAUUAUAUAAUAAUUAUUUUGAAGUAACAAAUGAAAUGCAUUACAAUGAUUAUCAUAAAAAUUCAUCUUUCUAUAUAUCAAGUGAACUAGAAGAAGCAUUAUGUAUUUAUGUUUCAAUUAAAUUUAUAAAAUAUAUGGAAAAAGAUCCAUAUUAUAAUAUACAAAAAUCUCUUUAUGAAAAAGAAUUAAUACAAUAUUAUAUUAAAAAAUAUGAACAAAGCACAUCCCCUAUGUAUGGUUCAAAUUAUAGAUUAUUAAAAAAAAUUUUGAAAAAUUAUCAACUAAUACAUAUCCUACAUAUUAUUAAUGACAUUUAUUUUUCUAAAUUCUAUCCUAUUGUAACUCUUAAUCUGUUACAAGCAGUUAUAUCAUUCAUAGAUUUUAAAAAUAUGAAAUUAUAA